UGAGCUGCUUUCUUCCAGCAACUUUGUAAAUGUAUACACUUGCUUUAUAAUAACCACGUGGAGAGGUUCCGGCUGGCCGACAAAAUUUCCAUUUCGACUCCACUUAAAAAUGACCGAGUUAACGCCACAAUUAAACGGAGACGUAUGUGGUCCACCGCAUCUCCAAAUUUCUCCCAGUCCCCGACCUCUUAUCUUGCCGACUGGUCGACACCGCUUGGAAUUCCGGGGUGUUACCCGAAUUCCGAAAACGUUCCACACUCUACCUCACCUGUCCGGAACUCUCCCGCCAUCAAGACCACUUCACUGAAACCAUGUCCUUCUACCAGUUGCACAACGUCUCGAUCAAAUUCGGUUCGGAUUUGGACCCGGCUCAAAAUAUGGAUUACUCCUUAUUCCUGAAAACCCUCCAAUUCCGGAGACUCUCGAUCCGAAUCGGGGGACAGGCCGAGCUGGAUUUGUUACUGGGAAUUCUAUCCAGCUCGAGGGAAACGUUAGAAGAGUUAUCCAUGGAUUUUGACGCCUUCAAAGUUUCCAUGGAGGAAUUGCCGUGGAGUCACAAAUUUCCCAAAGUGACGCGACUUUCCCUCUCGAGACGGAACCCGGCCGAAGGGGAGGAUAAAAGCGGAAAUGAUACAUUUUUUACCGGAAUUCUGACAGCAUUCCCGGCCCUGAAGAAUCUAACCGUUUCUGGGAAUCUACUCCGUGUCCUAUUUUCCAGCAAAGAUUCCAUCAACGAAAGCACCAUCACCCAGCUAACUCUUCCCUGCAGCUCGGCUCCCCUAACUCCGGACGAGUUACACCCCUUACUCCAACUCCCCACCGGCCACCUUUCCAAACUAACUAUGACCUCGAUCCUAUCCCCGGAUCGAGCCAUGUCCGCCUUGUACAUCCUCCUCUCCCGCCACGCCGCCACCUUGACGGAGCUCAGUCUCCAAAUACACGCCCAAUUUGCCCCAGGAUUCCUUCUGUUCCCGGGGUUUCCUGCCUUGAAAAAAUUUUCAUUUUCCAUGCAGCCUGGCGACGUGGAGAUUUACUUUGUAAAACGCGCCUUCUCCACGGCCACCCCGGGCCGACAGGUGGGACUAAUUUUGGCGAAAAAUUAUUACGGUGGGAUCGACUACCGAUACCAUUUCCCAAAAUUGGAAAGUUUCCAAUGUGAUGCCCUUGGAGGACGGGGGACGUGGUCAGCGACCAGUUUUAAAGCCUGGUUUCCGUACGAUUUUCGAAAUCCGGCCUACGUUUGUAAGACUGUAAAAUAUUUUGAGUUUGAGGAACACGAUACGAAAGAUAAAUUAAGAGAGGGGAAGAUAUCCGAUAAGUAUACCCGACUUCCACGCCUUUUUCCGAACGCGGGUAAUGAGUAUGUUCAGUUAAUUAAGAAGUGUAGCCCAUAAUUUAGGAUCAAUUAGUAAUUAAUUACAUGUCCAAACCAAUAAUAUUUCCUAAUUAUACAUACGUAAAUUGUUUAAAUCAGAGUAAUCGGAUUAUUAAUUAUUUCCAUGAAAUAAUAUUUAAAAAUUAUAACUAACUUGUUUGUGUAAGAGUAGUCGGGCUUUUUGCGAGACCAAAAUCGUAAAAUUUGAUAUUUUCAUGUUAAAUAUUUCUAGAUUUUAAGAAGUGCAAAAAAAUGUUAAUUUUGUGUAGCUUACCUUUCGGUUGAAUUCAUUUAUGUAAUUUAAAUCGUAUUUUUUCAUAAGCGAGCUUUGCAUGAGGGACACAUUAAGUGAAAAGUUGCAAUUCGAGUCAGGCAGAAACCCAGAUAAGGGGCCAUCCAUAUAUUAUGUGAUCAAAAAUUACCUAUUUUAGCACCCACGCACCCCACGUUAAGCGGUGGGUAAUUUUAAUAUGGGAAAGACAAGAAGAUCCAAACCACCAACCCACAAAAAUGAUGACGUACUAUAUGGACGUUCCCUUUUUUAUCUUCUUUAUCGCUACAUGAUACAGGCCAAGUCAUACAUAGAAAACCUGGUGUAUUGACGAGAACUUGGCACAAAGUAUGCACAGUCGGGCUGGUAUAGAGCCAGAUGAUGAUCAGACCGCGGUUAUCUAUGCGGUAUGUAUGUAUUUAUGACUUUGAAAUACCAAAUCAGAUCGUACUAAAAGUUCGUAUAUCCAUAUUUUCUGUAUUUUAAAAUUUUAGUACAUAUUCCUUUUUUUCAUAUUUUGAGGAUUUUUCAUACAUACAUAUUUUUGUAUGUUUCGACUAUUUUUCCAAGUAUAAAUAUUCUAAUAGAUAUUUCAAAAAUUUUGAUGUAAAAAUAUUUUUCUUCAUUCAGAAAUUAAGGUUUCCUCGCAACUAUAUUCUUAUAAAUAAAGUAGACAAUUUAAGUUGAAAAACAUGCCUAUUUUAUGUGGAUAUUUUCCGGGUUUUUAGGCACAUAUUAGUACAUGCACAUUUAUUUUGCACAAUUCCAUAAGUCCAUAUAUAUCCACCCUCUGAUGAUGAUGGACAAAACGGAGGCAAAGUCAUGCGGGAAAACUUCCCACAUUUCCCUUCUUUGUUUUAGUAUCUUUUUCUUCAAAUUAAAGCAAACAUUUAUUUCUCAUUUAACUAAUUGCUAUCCAAUUAACAUACGUAUGUCAACUUCCAUUCGAAAUUCCUCUUUCGCUCUUAUCACAGGUUUGUGUUGCGAAUAACCAUUUUUAUAAGUAAGUGUAACAAUAAACAUAUUUAUUAUGAAAAUAAAAUUUACACGUGAUUUGCAAAUA